AUGAGUUAAUAAUUUACUUAUUAUUCAAAUGAACUCUGCUAAAUACACUAAGAACCAUGUACUAAUAUGUGUAUCAAUACUAAAUGUCUACAACCUUUAUGUCCUGAAUGUAUUGAAAUUCAUUUUAGAGAACAUAAAGAAUGUUAAAUUGAAAGUUUGAAAUCCUGUAGAACAAAUUGUUCAAAAAAAAUACGUUCUUCAAUAUCAGAAAUGAAUUAAAUCUUAUCAUUAUAAGAAAUGAAAACUAUUGAAAACUCUUCAUAAUAUAUUGAAAUGUGUAGAGAUUCUCUUUAAUAAUUGAAAAAACAAUUAAUUGAUAAAAUUGAGUUAUACAAUAAAAAGUUACUUCAAGAUUUCAACAAUCACCUCAUCUAAACUUUUAAAGUAAUAAUAUUCAUAAUAAUCUUGUCUAGGAUUCAUAAAUUAAAGAAGUCUACAAUAGAAUCAAGAAUUUAAUUUAAUAAUUAGAUGAAUUGGGAACAAAAUUAGAAACCUAAAGUGACUGUUAAAUCAAAACUAUAAGAAGCAUUUACUUACUUAAUACUACUUAAUUGAUUUAAUCUGCAAGCCAAGAGGCAUACAAAGAAAUUAUGAAAUUAAGUAAUUAUUAAGUAUAUAAAGUUUAGAAUUUCCAUUACUUGUUGUUUCUCAAAAUUUAAAUUAAAAACUUGAUGAAUUAUUUGCUUAGUCGAUUUAGAUUCAAUUUAAAAAAACAAAUCCAAGUAUGCUAAAAAUUGAAGAUAAAUUAUAAUAAAAUAUUCAACCAAUUAAUGUUUAAGAUAUAGCAUUUAUGAAUUAAAGUCCAUUGCUUUCAUAGAUUAAUGAAAUUGAAUAGGCUAAGAAAUAAUCAGAAUUCACUAUCACAAUGGAAGAUUAUUUAUUACCAAAUGUUUAAAAUAAAGUGCUUCAUUAUUUUAAGUAUAACAGUUAUGAAUUAAAUUUAAUCAACCUUGAUAAUCCUAAAGUAACAAAGAAAAUUAACUUAAAAAUAUCUUUUCCAAUUCCAGUAUUUCAUUAAUCAUUAAUUACUAAAACUGGCUAGUUAUAUGUUAUUGGAGGAACUACAAUUGAUAAUAACUAUCCUAAUAAUAAAUCUAAUGGAAUAUACUUAUUUGAUUAAAAUUCUUUAGUGAAUGUUGGGCAUAUGUUGAUUAGUCGUUCAUCUCAUGGUUGUUGUAUUAUAGGAGAUUAUAUUUAUUCAAUAUCUGGUCUUGGGCAAGGUCAAACCUUAGAGAAAAGUUGUGAGAGAUUUAAUUAUAUUUUAAGAAAAAGUGAAAAAAUUCAAGAUUGUUUAUAUCCCUCUAUAGCUUCUUGCUGUGUAAAUUAUAAUAAUCAAUACAUAUAUAAAUUUGGAGGAUUGUAUGAAAAAUAGCAAAUGAAUUUUAUUGAAAGAUUUAAUAUCAAAGAUAUGAUAUGGUAGGCUAUUGAUCCUCAAAUAACUAACAAAGAGUAAAUAAAAUAUAUAUAUUUAUAGUAUACCUUUAUUUAAAGGUCUUAAAUAGUUUGCAGCUGGAGUAUAAAUAUCUUCCAAUUCGUUAAUGAUUUUUGGAGGAUAUGAUGAAAAUACUGUAAGUUCAAAUCAAUCAUUUCUAUUCACUAUCAAAAAUGAAAACCAUAUUUUGCAUAUGGUAAAUGUAAAACAUCUAAAAAUACCAGGAGGAUUUUGGCAUUCUUAAUGCAUAAUAUAUAAAUAAGAAUUAUUUGUUGUAUAGAAUUAAGAAAAUAAGGAUAGUGAAACUUUAGAAACAAAGACAAUUUUAAGAUUUAAGGAUAAAUGGACAAUAUGCUGA